AUGAACCGGCUUUUCGGAACAAAAAGCAACGUGCCCAAACCUACGCUCAAUGACGCAAUUCUGAGCAUAGACGAGCGUGUCGGGUCGCUUGACGUGAAGCUUUCCAAAAUCAACUCGGAGCUUUCGACAUAUCAACAGAAAAUCAGCAGAAUGCGAGAUGGCCCGGGCAAAUCGGCGCUCAAGCAGAAAGCGUUGAAGCUAUUGAGGCAGCGGAAGCAGAUCGAGGCGCAAAAGGACCAGCUUGAAAACCAGCUGUGGAAUAUGACCCAGGCAUCAAUGACUACAGACAAUUUGAAGAAUACCAUGAUCACCAUGGACGCCAUGAAGACAAGCAACAAGGCGUUGAAGGCGCAGUAUGGGAAAAUCGACAUCGACAAGAUGGAGCAGCUCCAGGACGAGAUGCUUGACUUGAUCGAUAAACUGAACGAGCUCCAAGAGUCCCUUCUGAUGUCGUACGAUGCGCCAGAUGACAUUUCGGAGCUGGAGUUGGACGCCGAGUUGGAUGCUUUGGGCGAGGAAAUGGACUUUGAGCUGGAAAUGAACGAGUCGGGGUUGGGCGUGCCCAGCUAUCUUGCGGACGAGCCGGCGGAAAAAUUGCCUGCGUUUAUUGAUGAGCCGGAAGAGGGCGAAAAGGUGGCCAACUAG